CGGAGUUGCAGAAAUGGUGGAAAGCCGUCGUUAGCUAUUUUGGUUCUCAAUUUCAGAGCUUUCAGUAUCCACCAAUAUCAGGGUUUGAUGUCAGAGCUGGAAGCAAAAAGGGUUAGAGAUAGAAUCAGUGCUUUACCAGAUGCGAUCCUGUGUCACAUCCUUUCAUUCCUUGAUAGAACAGAAGAUGCUGUGAAGACCAGUGUGUUGUCCAGAAGGUGGAAGAAAAUCUGGGGAUCUGUACCCACUCUUGUCUUUUCCGAUGAAGAUAAUACCGACAAUUUUGUGAGGCUCGUUGAUAAUGUGCUCUUCUUUCGCGACUCAAUUGACAUUCAAAAGUUUGAAUAUCGGUCUCUCUGCGUUGACGAUUUCGAUCGUAUUUAUGGUUGGAUUGGCGCUGCCAUCAGGCGUAAUGUUGUUGAACUCGAUCUUUCCAUACAGAAUUAUGGUGAUGAUGAUCAGCUUCGGGUUUUUGAGUUGCCUGAUAUUGUUUUCACAUGCAAAACGCUGAUGGUUUUAACGUUGUCUUCAAACUUUAUUACCAAUCCUCCGGCUUCAGGGUGUUUCCCAAGUCUCAAGUCUCUCGAUGUGCAGAUUGGCCAUCCAGUCAAUAAAUCUGUGGAAAAUGUCUUAACUUGCUGCCCCGUGCUGGAAUCUUUGCGUAUAGGUGGUGAUCAUGGGAGGCACGGGGAUGAUCCCAUUUUGAAUUUUAAUGUCUCUGCGCCUAAAUUGAAGAUGUUAAGAAUAUUUUGGUCAUCAUAUGAUGUUUAUGAGAAGUGCUGCAAGUUUCAUAUUAAUGCCCCGAAACUUGAAGACUUUGAACUCUCGCAGGAACCUCCUAUAGAUUGUUUUUUGGAGAAUUCAGAAACUUUGGUCAGAGUUCGUAUUACUCUGAGAGACCCACACCAUGACAAUUCCGCAGAUGCAGAUCAUCACUUUGCUAUCCAUGGUACUGCGCUUCUGGCAGGAAUUUCUAGUGCUAGGUCCUUGUGUCUUUCAGCACAUCGUUUGAAAGAAUGUAUUCUGCCUAUUUUUAACAAGUUGAGCAGAUUGGAGUUGAAUCUUUUCAAUUGCUAUUACUGGGAAUUGCUGAAAAAGUUGCUCAACAGAUCGCCUAAUCUGGAACAUUUCGUCUUUGAACUUACCAAAUGCGAGUGUGGAGAAUCCUCAGAUCAUCAAUGGAGCCCACCACAGUCCGUGCCUAGUUGUUUAUUCUCACAACUCAAGACUAUCUCUAUAAGGGGAUUCGAAGGUAAGGUAGAUCAGAUGGAUGUGGCCAAGUAUUUGUUGGAAAAUGGGGAAGUUUUAAAGAAGAUGACUAUUUACUAUAAGGAUCAGCUGUGCAAGAAAGAAGAGUUGCACAAGGAAUUCUCAAUGUUUCAGUGGAGUUCAGAGACUUGUCAAGUUGAAAUUUUACGAGACACAAGAGAUACAAGAGUCCCAGAUGAAGAGAAGGUGGCUCUCCUAGUUCUCAUUAUCUUUGCAAGCAAACGAAUCAUUAGAACGCAGUACUAGCAUUUUUCUUGGCCACAACAGAAGCUCCCCUAAGAGACAACUUCUUAAAAGUUACAAGGGUUGCUGUGCAGAGUGAUUCUUUGCCUCAGGGAUGGAUUUCAAGUCCAAGCAUCAAGUAGGAGCUGAAGUUAAAGAUAGGAUAAGUGCAUUACCGGAUGCAGUUUUGU